AUGGAUCCUAAGAAAACCAUGAAAGAAACCAUCAAACCAUCGUCUCCAACUCCUAGUCAUCUCAAGACUCACAACCUCUCUUUGUUGGAUCAGUUCUCUCCACAUAAAUAUCUCCCUUUGCUUCUCUUCUACCCCAAUAACGGCUAUGAUAGCCCACGCAUUAAUAUCAAUGAAAAAUCUCGUCGGCUCAAGACCUCUCUCUCUCGAGCCCUAACCAAAUACUAUCCUUUUGCCGGAAGGCUUUCAAUUAAUGGAGUCUCCAUCGACUGUAAUGACGAAGGGGUUGAUUUCUAUGAAGUCCAUAUCGAUUGUGAACUAUCCAAAAUCCUCGAAAAACCUGACCCUGAGACACUUGAUCUAUUCUAUCCCCAAGGUGUACCAUUCAGUGACUCAUACAAUGCUAGUCUAGUGGUACUUCAAGUCACCUUUUUCGAAUGUGGAGGUAUGGCGGUCGCAACGUGCUUUUCGCACAAGAUCGCCGAUGGAGCCACCGCAUGCUCCUUCAUCAGCGAUUGGGCCGCCGUGACAGCUUGUCAAUCGGCUGAAAAUGUAGUGUUUCCUAAGUUCAUUUCAGGAAUUGUCUCUCAGCCCAAUGAACCACCGUUAGGGACAGAGUUUCAGCUACAGAUGGGAAACUCUGUCACCGCCAGAAGGUACGUGUUCAGUAGCUCGAAGAUAAUGGAGCUCAAGGCAAUGGUAGUCGACUCAGGAGUGCCCAAACCCACCCGGGUUGAAGUGGUGUCCACAUUUAUCUUCAAACUCGUCAUGUCUGCCCGUAGGGCAAAUUCCGGGUCCUCAAGGCCAUCGCUUCUAGUCCAGUAUGUGAAUUUGCGCCCCGGACUUUCCCCUCCACUACCCAAAAAUUCAGCUGGAAACUUUUCUUGGGUUUCCUCGAUAAUGGCUAAAGAUGAGAGCGAAAAAGACUUGGGUGCACUGGUGGGUGCAAUGAAGAAAGGGAUGGCACAAUUUAGCGACAAGUAUUUGAAAAAUCUUUCACCGACCGAGUGCUACUCUUCAAUAUGUGAUGUCCUCAAAGAGGUCAAGAUGGUAAUGAACAACAAUGAUAUUAUGGAUAUAUUCACUUGUAGCAGCUUGUGCGGGUACCCAUUUCGCGAAAUGAAUUUUGGGUGGGGAGCGCCUACAUGGGUUGGUUUUUCUAGCAUCAAGAACAAUAACUCAAUUCUUUUGCUCGAUGCAAAAGAGGGUGGUGUAGAAGCUUGGAUUACUUUGGAAGAAAAAGAUAUGGCAGCAUUAGAAUGUGAUGAAGAACUCCUUGCAUUUGCUUCUUUGAAUGUGAUGAAAAACUCUUUGCAUUCGCGUCUUUGA